UAUUAAAAUUUUGAGAUCCAAAGAUUUCAUAUUAAUAAUAUCUCUUUCGUCUUCGUUUUUGUUUUGUCUUCCAAAUCUUCUUGUUUUAGGGUUUAGCUUACUCCUAGAUUUGGGGCACACACCUCACGACUUUCCACUUUCCAUUAAUGGGUUUCUUGGACGAAAAUCUUCCUGCUCAACCUCCCUUACCUGAAACCCUAGAAUCCGAUGAAAAGAUCAAUCCCGAUUCGGUGGAUGCAACGGCUGAUACUGCUCCUGCUAUUGCCCCUGGUCCAGCCGCAGAAGAGGUUCCGGCCGCCGUGAAGCCUCUACCACCGCCUCUGCUCUUAGAGAAUGGCCUCGCGCACAGCGGUACGGGUACGGGUACUGGUAAUGGUACUGAUAGGGAUUGCUCUGGCGGUGAGGAAGAGACGACGAGUAGGCGCCGCCGUCGCAGCAGAUGGGACCCGCAGCCCGAGGCCGAUAACCAGAUAGUUGUCGGUGGCGCUGGCGAUUCAGGUAGCGGAACGCGGAAGAGGAAGUCUCGCUGGGCAGAUGAUGACCCGAAGCCGGUGAUUCAGCUGCCUGAUUUCAUGGGAGGUAUUGAAUUCGAUCCUGAAAUUCAAGCUUUGAAUAGCAGACUUCUUGAGAUUAGUCGAAUGUUGUCUUCGGGUUUGCCUUUAGAUGAUCGCCCUGAAGGGGCUAGGUCUCCUUCCCCUGAACCUAUAUACGAUAAUAUGGGAAUUAGGAUCAAUACUAGAGAGUAUCGUGCUCGUGAGAGGUUGAAUAAGGAAAGACAGGAAAUUAUAGCUCAGAUUAUUAAGCGAAACCCGGCGUUUAAACCACCCGCAGAUUAUAGGCCGCCUAAGCUUCAGAAGAAGCUUUAUAUUCCCAUGAAAGAAUACCCGGGAUACAAUUUUAUUGGGCUCAUUAUUGGCCCUAGGGGCAAUACCCAGAAGAGGAUGGAGAAAGAAACGGGUGCGAAAAUAGUGAUUCGCGGUAAAGGGUCAGUGAAAGAGGGUAGGUUGCAGCAGAAGAGGGAUUUAAAACCUGACCCUUCUGAGAAUGAGGAUUUGCAUGUUUUGGUGGAGGCAGACACACAGGAUGCGCUUGAUGCUGCGGCAGGAAUGGUUGAGAAGCUCUUGCAGCCUGUAGAUGAGGUUCUGAAUGAGCAUAAGAGGCAGCAACUUAGGGAACUUGCAGCCUUGAAUGGAACAAUAAGGGACGAAGAGUACUGUAGAUUGUGUGGUGAGCCAGGUCACCGCCAAUAUGCCUGUCCUUCACGAACUUCAACUUUUAAGAGUGACGUUCUUUGUAAAAUUUGUGGUGAUGGUGGCCAUCCGACCAUUGAUUGUCCAGUAAAGGGUACAACCGGGAAGAAGAUGGAUGAUGAAUACCAGAACUUCUUGGCAGAGUUAGGUGGGACGGUUCCCGAGUCUGCCACCAAGCAAACUGCCACCUUAGCAAUUGGACCGGGCAGUACAGGAAGUAAUCCUCCGUGGGCUAACAACAAUAGCAGUGCUGGUAGUGGUGGUGGUACUGGUACUGUUUCUUCACAUCCAGGUUUGGGGUCAGUACCUGUAAUGAAGCCUAAGGAAUAUGAUGAUACUAAUUUGUAUAUUGGAUACUUGCCACCUACCCUUGAUGAUGAUUCUUUAAUCCGGUUGUUUUCACCUUUUGGUGAUAUUGUUAUGGCAAAGGUUAUAAAGGACCGAAUUACGGGAUUGAGCAAGGGUUAUGGUUUUGUGAAAUACUCUGAUGUCCAAAUGGCCAAUAAUGCGAUUGCUAGCAUGAAUGGUUAUCGUCUAGAGGGCCGAACUAUUGCUGUUAGAGUUGCUGGUAAGCCUCCACAGCCUACUGUGCCUCCUGGGCCACCGGCAUCAGCUGCAUCUGCAUUUCCUGUUUCUAGUCAGCCUAUGGGUGCUUAUCCAUCCCAGCAAUUUGCACCAGGUGGUCCCCUGGGAAAUGCGCCACCUCCUAGCUAUUCAGGUACUCCAGUUCCAUGGGGACCCCCUGUCCCGUCUCCAUAUGCUGGUUACCCGCCUCCUCCUCCUGGUUCAAACAUGUAUCCUCCUAUGCAUGGUCAACCCAUGGCCCCUUAUGGUGUACAGUAUCCUCCGUCAAUGCAGGCAGGCCCCCCUGGUGCCCCACCACAGCCUGCUACUUCAAGUGACGCGCAACAGAGUUACCCUCCAGGUGUGCAGUCCGAAAAUAGCACUUCUCAAUCUUUACCAACCAAUAUGUAUGGGAACUCUGUAGCAGCAAUGCCCCCCAAUGGUCAACCUGCAUACCCUCCUCCAUCUUCUUAUGGUUAUUCAUCUUAUUACUCCGCCGUUCCUCCCCCUCCUCCUGCACCCUUACCUGGUUCAAAUACAGACCAAUCUCAGAGCAUGGGUAAUGUUCCUUGGGCCACAAAUCCCUCUGUUCCACCUCCUCCUCCUCCUCCGGCAGAGAAGACAGCUUUUGGUGCAGAUGCGGAGUAUGAGAAGUUCAUGGCAGAGAUGAAAUGAUGCGUUCCCCUUUCUGGUUUGUCUUCAAGUGACAGGCUUGAUGUUUCUUGGAGCUUCUUGUGAACCUGAUAUCUUACCUCUUGCCAUGAGUUAGUUGGAAGUUUGGGAUUCACCUCUUUAACCUUCCUGUACUGUUGUGAACUUUGCAGAAACUCGGGGUGAAAAAUUACAGUUGAGAGAGCGUUAUGUUGGAGAAGCGAUUUUAAACCACAUAUUAAUGAUGAUAUAUUUUUGUUUGAUUUCUUUGUUGAACUUAGUUAAUUUUGUCAUAUUGCAGACUCACAGUUACAGUUGCUUAUACCCUAUGGUGUCUCUCUGGUGCCUAAUGUUUUCCUUUUUAUGUCUGAACUUUCUAUAUCUGGCA